AUGGCCGAGCCCCUUCCAGCAGCGCUCAAGAUCCCUGAAGUGAGCCGCUUCAUCAAUCGCGCAAAUCAGCUGAGGAGCAUCAAGCCCGCCAUCGCAUACUGGUGUGAAUAUCAUGCGGUCAAUCAGAUCGUAGGCAAAAGUCUACACACCACAGACGACGAUACCUUUGAGUUCACAAAGACGUUGAUCGAGCGCCUCGAAGCGACAAAGACCGAACGUGCUGAUGACGAUGCGAUUAUCGAUAAUGCUGCCGGCCAGGCCUACGUUGAGCAGUUUGCCCAGCAAACCUUUGACCGUGCCGAGCGCGCUCUGCGCGCCGAUAAGGUAACAAGACAAACCGCCGAUACAUUCGACGCUGCUGCUACUUUCUUCGAUCUUACUCGCGAAUGGGGUGAGCCUGAGCCAGAAGUCGUCAAGAAGAUCAAGUUCGCCAAAUGGAAUGCGGCGCGAAUCCUCAAGGCUAUCCGCGAGGGAAGAGAUCCCAACGAGUCGAACCCAAAGGCUCCCGAGCCUGAACCAGAGGUUGCUCUGGAUCCAUCCGAUCCUGAGGUCCAGAUGUUCUCAGGGCCUCCCCGCGCUUCGGUGGAGGAUGCAUCGGACACUGGGGACCUUCCAAGUGUGCCUACCUUUACAGAUGCGCCGCCAAAGAUUCCAGAUGAUCCAGGGUAUUUCCCUCCUCAGCAUGGAGAUCAGGGGCAGGCGUCAGAGCCAUUCGUCCCAUCGCCUAUGAGCCAGAGUCCUACGCCAGGACUGUCUGGCGGUCCCCCUCCUCCACCGCCAGUUGGUAUGCCGCCUGUUGUGUCUCCCGCGACACAGAUUCCACCCCAGCCGUCACCUCAGAUCCCUACAAAGCUUCCCUCGCAAUACGCUCCUCCAACUCCGCAGCCAUUCUCCGACCCCUCGGCACCUCCAUCCUGGACAACAACGCCAAGCGCGUCUCAUCCGGCUGCUUCAAACCCUCAACCCGCUGUUCCCCAGGCUCCAGCACCUCAGCCUCCAGCACCUGCUCCGGUGCAAAGCGCAGGUCUUGCGACAGACCAUCGGGAUAUCAACCAGGCGCAGAAGCACGCCAAGUGGGCGAUAUCGGCACUGAACUUUGAGGAUGUGCCCACAGCAGUCCAGGAGCUGCGAAAUGCGCUUGCAAUGCUUGGAGCUAGCUGA